AGGACUGUUACAGGUCAGUUGGCAGAUAUCGACCAUCGGGGCUGACCGAGGAGACAGGCUGUCAUGUGACGCCCCUGGAUGCUGCGUCAGAACGACCAUAAAGGGCUGCAAAGCUGUUUUAGGACAGACUUCCUUGUUUCAAACGACUAAUGAUAAAGUUCACCACAUCCACCAAAGGAAACCACAGACGGCACAAAAAUAAAGACACUUGCACAGACCUGUCACUUCAGAUCUGUGUUGAUCUGUGAACAUGGAGACAUCGGCUGGUUUCUGGCCCCUCGCAGUGCUGCUGUUAGUCGGCUUCACUCAGGCCCAGACUGUGGAGAAGUACUUCAAGGUUGGUGACACACUUCAGCUCAGCCCUCAGCCGGUCUCUGCAGAGAUCACCAGCAUCCUGUGGAAAUACGAUAAAAACCUGCUGGCUGACUGGCAGAAAGGCUUGAUUGAUCUGACAUAUUACAGCAAGUUUAAAGGCCGAACCACUCUGAACACUGACACAGGAGUGUUGGAGAUCAGGGACAUGACUGCAGAGGACAGUGGACUGUAUUCAGUGGAGAUCAACAACCAGGUCCAGAGUCAGGUUUAUCAGACUGUGGAGAUCGAAGAUGUGCCCCAGCCUGAGGUGGAAGUGAGGCCGCUGUCGUGUAGCUCAGCCUCACCUAACUGUAAACUGGUGUGUGAGGGAGACGUUAGCAAAGCCGGGCCUGUCGAGUACUUCUGGAAGAAGGAUGGAGUGUGGGAAAAGUCUCAAAUAAACACCAUGGAGAUCUCCAAUGAAACAAAGAGUGUGAAAAAUUUCUCCUGCAGGAUAAAGAAUCUGUUUAGUGAGAAAGACAGCAAACACUUACCAAAUCCUUUGUACCAGGAGGAAAAGCCCGAGGAGCCACGUCCACUUGGGUCUUGAGAUCUCCUCCAAUAAAACAAAGAGUGUGGAAACUUUCUCCUGCAGAAUAAAGAAUCGAGUGAGUGAGAGAGACAGCAAACCUCUCCCUAACCCAUUCUUCCAUCUGUACCAUCACUAACGACGGUCAGUAAUGAUAAAGAACGUGAAGCCCCUGUGACUUUAGGCGCUGUGAUCUCUGGGGUUGCGGGGGUCUUUGUGGUGGUCGUCCACCUGCUGAGGCAGAAACAAGAGAUGCUCCACGUCUGUAAAUGCAGUAAAAGUGAUGAUGAUGCAGUUUAAACUCAAGUAUCUCCUUUGAUUUCCUGAUGAAGAUUAGAGUCUGUCUGCUCUCCUUAAACCAAAGUUCAUGUUUGUUAGCUUUGAUGUUUUCAUUUCCUGUUUUUGUCAGUUUUCUGUCCUUCGUGUUCGUAGCGCCCAGUUAGUUUCGCCCCCUCAGGUCUGUGGUUUUAUACGUCUGACUUUCUUGUGUCAGACUGUUUUUUCAUCUCUGUCCUUAUUUAUAUUUUCUGUGAAGUGCCUUCAGGGUUCAAUAUUUUCCAUGAUUUUUUAUUUCUUUGAACUUUGUAUUUAAAACUCACAUUUUAAUAAUUA